UGAGACGCUGAGACUCCGUGUGUUUGAAACGACUCGGGUGACUGUGAAAGAUAAACAAACCCCGUCUUGCAUGGUUGCAAUGUCAUUUUACCACCACCACUCUCAGCGUUUUUAAGCUAUUUCUGCUGUCGACUAAAACACUUUGUCUAGGAGAGGAUAACACGAGCUAUUUUUGUGAAAACUUUCAAACCGUUAACUCGCUGAGAGUGACCUGAUGUUGUAAUUGCAUGCUGCAUGUUUGAUAACCACCCAUCACCCAUCUGCACUUCAUCAGAUCAGUAAUAAUUCCUCUCAGUUCUGCUGCAUGGCCCCUCUAUUGAAAUGAUUAGGUCUCGCUCCUUUCUUGUCUGGUGUGCUGUGAGUGUGGCAUCAUGAGGAAAGACAGGGCUAACCCACUGCCACUGUCAUCCAAGAAACCAUGCCAGGGCCAGACGGACCAUGGACGAGAGCUAGAGAGAUUGCGUGCUGAUUUGGAAGCAGAGAAGAACCGAAGACAGCAGGCCCGCCGGGACUUCUGUGUGGAGCUGAGGCACCUGCGGGAAGAGGCAGAGAGGGAGCAGCAGAGGGCCCUGAGGGAGCUGACUGCCAGGCAUGAGUGCCAAAAAGGCACUGUCAGGCGUCCCGACACCCGCCAGCUUUGGCUGGCUAAAAAGGUGAACACUACAGACAGUGGACUACAUAGUAAAGUUGAAACAGCAGGGAAAGAUGCUGUUCGUCUGGGCCGUGGAGAAACUUAUCAGAACCUAGAGCAGUUGCUGCUGACACUGUAUGAGAAGAUAAAUGGCGAGCAGGCGGUCUAUAAACUGCAUCACAGACAGGAAUUGGAGCUGGAGAAGGCGUUCUUUCUUUGCCACUUGCUAGAGGCCCACAGAAGACUCUUGAAGGGGGGGCAGAGAGCAGGGCAUCUAAGCCACACAUUUAAAAGUCUCAUAAGAAUCCCAUCUCAGGUAGGCAGCCAUGGCUUCUGUCAGACAGGGCCUCCUCUAACUUAUUCCCGGACCUCAUCUCAGAAAUCCCAGAGGGCCUCUUGCUCACCUAAGAAGAAAACCAGACAAGAGGGUCCAAAACAGCCUUUAGGGAGGCACGUCUCUGCAGCUGACCUCUGCUCCACCAUUGUGGUAGGGGACACCUGUCGUAGCAGCUCUCCGGACACCUGCCACUCUGAGAGCUCUCCUCAUGCAAGCUGUGACCACCAUCCCUCUGGGUCUUCGGGGUCAGACAGGUCAUCUCCUUCCAAAUGCUUGGGAAAAAACAUGGGGGAGAGAGUGAUGUAUGACCUGUGCACUCGGCCUGAGCAGCCUGGGCCUGCAUCGGCAGAUAGAGAGAUGGAGAGCCAUGAGGAGGCUGAAGUCCUAGGGUCACAACAGCCGGAGUUGAAGAGGUCAGAAGAUCAGGAUGGCCACCAUGAACUUCUGAACAAGGCAGUCCCUACCACUACUAAUCUUACUCCAUCAUCAAUGCUUGGCAAGAGGCACCACUCUCUUUAUGCGAACCUUAAUGGAUUUGAAGUGGAGGGGAUACAUAAGAAUGGUACUGACUAUGGAUUCCUGGUGCAUCAAAACUCUGAGCUCUUGCGAGCCCUGGAGGAGUUGGAGAAGACUUGUUCCACACUGAGGGAAGAGAAUGGCCUGCUGCGGAAGAGCAGCGCCCCAGAGACUGAGGAGAAGGUCAGGCGGCUAAGGAGGAAGAACACAGAGUUGGCUGUCCUUGCAAAGAGGCUGGAAGAGAGGGCUCGCAAACUGCAGGAGGCCAACCUGAAAGUGGUGAAUACCCCGUCACUAUUGAGGCCUGGGUCUGUAGAGCAGUACAAAAGGGCAUUUGCCCGUCAGCGAGCCCGUGACCUUGCACAACACGCCGACACACUGCUGUCUAAAGACAAGGAAAUCGCUGCCCUGCAACAGGAGUGCAGAGAGCUUGAGGCACGGCUAGGCACUGCUAAGGGCUCCCCUGUACCAUCUGGCAGGCUGGAAUUCGAGAGGCUUCUCAGGGAGUCUCAGAGGGAGGUGCUUCGGCUCCAGAGACAGCUGUCGGUCACAUCAUCCCGAGAGCAGCACAACCACAGCCAAGGCAAUGGUGGUCCAGAGGAGUGUGGGGAAAUCAAGAACGACCACGGUGAAGAGAAGGUUGCUGGGGAGACCCCGUGUGUGGCAUUAGAUGAGGCUCCAUCCAGGUGUGAGGAGACUCCCAGAGCGGAGGAGGAGUCGGGGCCACGAGUGACGCCCUCCCCGGGCCUUAGCCCGACCCCCUCCCAUCAGGAGGAACGCACAGAGGAGAGACAUCUAGAGUUUCUGGAAAGUGAGCUGUGCAAGAAGAGAAAAGAAUGUGAAAACCUCGAGCAUGAAGUAAAGAAGCGACAGAAGAGAUGUCUGGAUUUGGAGAGCCAGCUUGAGGAUGAGCGAGGCAAAAAUGAGCAACUAAAGGAGGAGGCAGAACUCCUCAGGAGGAAGGCACAGCUGCUCGACCAGACUCGGGCUGAGAAUGAGGAGCUGAGGGAAGACCUCUCUGAAGUGACCGCUCAACACAGUUCAGUUCUCGAGGAGAACCAGAGACUCCGUGCCAAACUGGAGAACCUAGAGCAGGUCCUAAAGCAUAUGCGAGAGGUUGCCGAGCGAAGGCAGCAGCUGGAAUUGGAACAUGAGCAGGCACUGGCUAUCCUCAAGUUCAAACAGGAUGAAAUCAAACGGUUACAGCGGGCUCAAUUUUUCGCCAAGAGGGAACAUGAAGGGGUGGUUCAGAUGCUGGAGAAUACACUGGACUGCAUGCAGUCAAAGGUGCGAGACCUGGAGGAGAAAUGUCGGAGCCAGAGCGAACAAUUUGGUUUACUGUCCCAGGAGUUGGAAAAGUUUCGGCUACAGGCCUCAAAGGUGGACCUGGCUGGCUCUACUCUCCUUACCAAUCCCAACCUCUCUGUUCUGACUAAUGGGGUGGGCCUGACUACAGACCGAGAUGUGGCCUCUGCACUGCGAAUGGGGGCCACCCCCCACGCCGCAGGGCUCUCCAGGGUGGAGCGCUCUCCUGUCACCAAGCAUCGAGAGUUGCCCACCAUCAGUAUCAGCAAGUCAGGCUCGACCUCCAGCAAAUCAGAGACCACACACCUCACCCCCAAAUCUGACACCCACCUCAGUCCACACAAGUCAAGCCCAACACAUGAGGUGGAUACGGCCAGUGAGGUCGAGGAGCUGGACAUAGAUGUGGCCCCAGCACCUUACACAGCCAGCAGAGGAGCAGCAAAGCUUCAGGUUUUUAUUGCGAGAUACAGCUAUAAUCCAUAUGAUGGCCCCAAUGACAACCCAGAGGUGGAGCUGCCACUCACCGCUGGAGAAUACAUUUAUGUGUAUGGAGACAUGGAUGAUGAUGGUUUCUAUGAAGGCGAGCUCAUGGAUGGACGAAGAGGGCUGGUCCCCUCUAACUUUGUGGAGCGUGUCUCUGAUGACGACGUCAUGAGCACUCACCAUCCAGAGACAGGGGACAUGUCCCAUAACUCCCUGCUGGACAGCAGCCUCCACAGUGCCAGCCACCAGCACCACCUUCACAUGGGCGUCAGCACCUCAGAAAGGGCAGAGGCAACCGCAGCUUCUGCAGCUUCUGCAGCCUCUGCAGCCUCUGCAGCCUCUGCAGCCUUUGCAGCCUCUGCAGCCUCUGCAGCUUCUGGCCCGGCCUCUGCCCCUUCAGAGUCAGCAAUGACCUCUGCUGUCCCAGCCCCCCUCACCAAUGGCCUGGAUCUGGAUUUGGAGGAGGUGGGAGUGGACACUGUGCCUUACCCACGUAAGCUCACCCUCAUCAAGCAGCUGGCCAAGAGCAUCAUCAUCGGCUGGGACCCUCCACUGGUGCCGGCUGGCUGGGGCAAUGUGUGGAGCUAUAACGUGUAUGUGGACCAGGAGCUGCGGCUCAACGUGCCCUUCGGUUCCCAGACCAAAGCGGUGCUGGAGCGGCUAGACAUAAACCUCAAGGCCUACCGUGUGUCAGUGCAAAGCCUGACAGAGAAGGGUCUCUCAGAUCAGCUGCGCUGCAGCAUGCUGGUGGGGCGGGAUGUAUGUGUGGCACCCACACAACUGCGUGUGGACAGGAUCACCGCCACCUCCGCCAACCUGUCUUGGCUGGCCAGCAACAGUAACUAUGUGCACAUUGUGUCUUUGAAUGAGGAGGAGUGUGAGCUGGUGAAGGCUGGCUGUUACUCGCUGUGCCUCAAUAACCUCUUGCCCAGCCUGCAGUACACAGUUAAAGUGGAGGCACGGCCACAUCGCACACCGUGGGAGCUGCCUGUGGAGCGACGUGAACACAAAAGCACUAAUAUCACAUUCACCACACUGAUGGCAGGUCCUCCUGAUGCUCCUCUGGAUGUGCAGUUGGAGCACGGGCCCUCACCAGGGAUUGCCCUCAUUAGCUGGCUGCCUGUCACUAUAGAUGCUGCUGGGAUCUCCAAUGGAGUCCGCGUUACUGGAUACACGAUAUAUGCUGAUAAGAAGAAGGUGCUGGAGGUGUCAUCCCCUACAGCGGGCAGUGCCCUGCUGGGCCCCUCUCAGAUCCAGUCUCUACAAACAGCCCAGGAGCUCACUGUCCGCACCAUGUCUGCCCACGGGGAGUCCUGUGACUCUCUGCCAGUCAAUGUGCCCUCCAAACUGGGUGCCAUCAUGGCAGGCCCAGCUGCUACUGUUCCAGUUGUGCCAGCCGUCCCCUGCACCCCCAUAAAUCCUAAUAUCCUCCCCUCAUCGCCCUCAUAUGGGAACUCUGCUGCCAAAGUCUCCAUGCUGCCCCACACUUUGCCAUCAGAUCCACAUGCCAUCGGCCUCACAGUGGAGACCUCUGCCAACCCUACUCACACCCUCCACUCAGAAGCCCUUCUCUCAUCUGCCUCAUAUGUGGAGGCUUGGGCCAACCCCUCAUCCGCUGCUGCCCUGGCAGUGUGUGAGGCCACAUUACCAGCAGCCUCUACAAUCACUCAAGUGGUUAAUAUGACCCCGCCCACCUCCUCAGAACCAAAAACACCACCAGUGGCAGUACCGUCACCACCACUGGCAUCGGCACCAGUGCCGGCACCGGCAUCGGCAGUGUUGGACCAGCGCAGAGACACGGACAGCCCUGGAACAAUACGCCCUUUCCCAUCUCUCACAGAGUUCCUUGAGGACCCCAGUGCCAAGCUCAGCACCCCUGAGCGCAUCCCCAGCCCACCCAAAGCCCCAAUCUCAGACCUCCUUAACCCUCAAGACACUCACAUCCUCCGACCACCCAACACUUCACCGCUAGAGUCAGAGGUAGACGAGGAGCGACAAAACAGCCGCUUGGUGUCUAUCGAGGAGUUCCUGAGACAAGAGCAAGAGCCAGUGUACAACAGAAGGCAGCAGGAUUACAGCAGAGGGCUUAUGGAGCCUCCCAGUGACUUUGCAGACAACAGCCGCUCAGACCUGUCAGACAUCCUGGAGGAGGAGGAGGAGGACCUUUACUCUGACCACCUAGUAGAGGCACAGCCUAGAGGUUACACAGUUGCAGCCAACAGGUCAUGCAAGACAGAGCCUCCAGACAGUGAUGAGGAGGUUCUUGAAAGGAUCCUUAAGUUGCCUCCUCAAGCUGGCCACAGCAAGCAGCUGUUUAGCAUUCCUGAGGCAACAGAGGAGGAGGACAACAGUCAGGAGGAAUCUUUGCCCCACCACAGACAGCCUCGGCAUGGACCCAGUCACUCUUUAAGCAGAAACAGUCACCUCAGAGGCUCAGAGCACCACCACCACAACCCUCAACACCACCCACAUCACCCCAACCCCCACCCACACUCUCACCCUCACCAUCACCACCACCACCAUCACCACCACAUCAGCAGGGAUCCCAGAGCCGCAGCCAAAGAGCCUUUACCCAGGCGUGGAGUCUUACAGGUCAAGCCCAAGACGCAGCACAGGGUGCAUUAUGCAGACAUGGUGGACACCAUUAAUUACCCUGAAGAGGAUGAUGCAAGCUUAUAUGAAGGUCCCAACAGCAAGAGGGUACUGUCCCGUGGUAAUCCCCAAGCAUCCACCUCCAGCAGAGAAAGAGGUUUGGCACUGAUCGGAGGGCUAGGGGACCGCCUUAGGAGGGAGGCCAUGCUCAGGAGUCAGAUGGCUGCCACUGCAGCAGCUAACACCAGUCAUGGCCUCCCACCGCCAGGUCCCUACCUAGUCAGCAAAACAGUGCGGACAGUGAGGUCACCUACUGGUCAGGGGGUGGAGAUAGAUGUAGAGUACGGCACAGACAAUGAAGAGCCUGUGGACUUUGGACCUGGAGACGUGGUGGUGGAGCAGAUGAGCUCUGAGUGGUGGCUGGAGGGGGCUCAAAUGGACCACAGCAGACCCCCACUCCGCCGUGGGCCUAAGGCUGACCAGCAGCAAUGGGAGGGCAGCCAAAUCCCACCGGUGGAGGCAGGUGCAGCGUGGGGAGAACCCUCCCCUAAACCAGCAAGCUCACAAGCCCGGCAGCUCAAAGGGGGUGGUGAGUCACAGAAGACGAUAGGAAAUAAUGACAUACGCCUCUUCGUGGCUCUCUUCCCCUAUGAUCCUGCCACCAUGUCACCCAAUCCUGAUGCUGCUGAGGAAGAGUUGCCCUUCAGUGAAGGACAGAUCAUCAAAGUAUAUGGAGAUAAAGAUGCAGAUGGGUUCUAUCGAGGGGAGUCUGGCAAUCAGCUGGGUUAUGUGCCAUGUAACAUGGUGUCUGAGAUCCAGGUGGAGGAUGAGGAGACCCGACAGCAGCUACUGCAGCAGGGCUUCCUGUCCACAGCGGCGUCCAUGGAGAAGAUAGGCACUCGCACACAUGCACAGCUUCCACGUCGCCCUGUUCCACCGCCGAAACCGAGACGAUCCAAGAAAGUGGAGUCUACGGCCCUCUGGGAGGAGAGCGUAGACUCCUCCAGUCAAGAUCCCAGCCAGACUGCCACUGCCAGAGGGAACCCGGCCCCAGGGGCUCGCAGGAUGAUGGCCAUCUUCGACUACGAUCCCCGAGAGAGCUCCCCCAACACGGACAUAGAGGCUGAGUUGACCUUCAGCGCAGGGGACAUCAUAAAUGUGUUUGGCGACAUGGACGAUGAUGGUUUCUUUUAUGGAGACUUGAACGGGCAGAAAGGCCUGGUGCCCUCCAACUUCCUACAGGCCUUACCAGAAGAGGUUCCGUCAGGGCCUCCACAUGCGCCGCCUGCACCAGAACCCAAGAGAGAGUCACAGGUGAGCCCGACCUCCUCCAUAGAGCCACAAGAGCCUGGAUUUUCAACACUCGAAGAGGCUUCACACCCCCUUACAGGACUUCCUCACCCAGACCAUACAGAGCACACAGACCUCGAAUCCAAACUGGCACCCACCUUGGCACCCACCUUGGACCCAGCCCCAGCUCCAGUCCCAGCUCCACCCCCAGCUCCAGCCCCAGAUCCAGCCCCAGCACAGGCCAGUAGCUCUCCUCCUCCCCACACGGCUGCAGACAGCCCUGCACAGACGGACUGCUCCACACAAGGCAAGAAGAAGAAAGGCUUCUUCUCCAAAGGGAAGAAGCUUUUCAAAAAGCUGGGAUCCAGCAAGAAGGAAUGAAAAUUGGGACAUAUAAGUCACAGUACUUGUGUCACAUCGAAAGCACUUUUUCCAUGUUCACUUUUGGUCUCAACUGUUAGUCUAUAUUGUUAGUUGCUAUCAGAUAUAAUAACUGAUGCACUAACCAUCAGUAUUUACAAACCUGAUUAUACCUCUUCUUUAGAAUAUUGCUAGACCAGCUGUUAAAUAUAGAAUACCUUAAAAAACCAAUGGCAGCAUCACAAGAGCAUGUUGAGGUGCAUGUUGAAGUGUUCAAACUCACUUUGCUUACAAAUAGAUUUUCUCAGAAUACUUCUUAAUUAUUCAAGUAUUAACCAAUAGUCAAUUUAUUAUAGGCUUUUAGGCUUUACUCCAAACUUAAAGUGAUCUCCUGAAGGAUUGGAUUUGCUUUGAGCAAUCUGAUACAAAAUGUUGUUGACAUACGGCUCCAGAUUUCAGCCCUGCAUCAAUGAACCUGAUUUUAUAUUCACUUCAAGAGUCCCAUGCUGAAUUACUGAUGCCAGUUUAUCUAUUUAAGCAAACAGAUGGAAGCAGCAGCAUAUCCUUUCUUCUGUAUAACUGAAUGAAAAGCACUAUCCAUUCUGAAUGGAUAUAUUUUAAAAAGUCUGUUAGUUUGUCCCUGCCAUUCAUAGCUGAUUGUGUUUCUUGUUCUUAAGGCCCUGCUCAGACUCUGUAUUAACAUCAGUCUUGGGUGAUCUGAUUGCAAGGCAGCCAAAACAGAUCAACUGGCACAGACCUGGCAUUAUCAUGCAUCUCAGUGGGUCUCCAGUGAUCAUUUGUGAUCAGAUUUGUGAUCACAGACUCAGACCUGUCCUACCUGUACUUUUUUUUUGCUUUGCUUUCUUACUUUUAUCCCUCUGUAUCUUACUCCAACUCCCUCUUGCCCUGUCUUUGUGCCCAGCCAUUGGUUUUAUUGGCUUUGAUGAGAAAGACACCACCAUGUUGUGUGGCCCAGUGCGGCCCUGACAACCUCUGAGGUUGUUUUUAAUGAUGUGAUCACGCCCACAUUCACACCUGUUAUGAGCGCUGUCUACUUGUGAUCAGAUACUGAAGACAAAUGUUAAAACUAAGUGGGAACAGGUUCUAAGAGUCAUUGUACAUUGUACAGACCUUGGUUAUUUAUUUAUGUCAGGCUCUUGCCCUUUUCAACACUAUGUUGCAUGGAGCAACACCAGAGGAGGAUUUUACUCAUUAUGAAAAGCUGUCAGAGACAGUAUCUGUCCAUUUUGAUAUGUAUAGCUUAGGUUUAAUUUAUUAUAGGAAAGGCUAACAGUAAAAAGUUGAAACUGAACAUUAUUGAUUAGUGUAAAAAAUAUGUAGGGUCACCCUUAUUUGGUGUGUGAUCAUAAUGUUGCAAGUUCAUUGGUGAGAUUGAAAAGAGACGCCUUUCUCAGACAGCAACAUGGAAACUCAUAAUGUUCAUAACCACAGUCGCAGCUGACCUAUAUGUUGCGUUCUACGUUAUUUGAUGUGCAUGAGAGAUCAGCAGGCUGUCAGAAGUAUGUGGUGCCUACUGAUCAGUAGACUGUACUACUUUAAUUUUACUUAGUUUGCCCUGUAUUCUGAUUCCCCAAAAUCAGUACACUGAACAUAUGAUAAUGUCAGAUUAAGUAGGUUUCACUGAGCUUGCACAAAUCCAAAUCAGUAGAGUAAAAAACUAUGUCCUCAUGGCUGCAUUAGUGAGUGAUGGUUUAAGAAACCAACCACAGCAAAUAUCAACUUGAUGCUAAACAUGCAUCAGAAUUUAGGAUCCUUUUGGUUUGAAGGCAGCAUGUUCAGUAUUUCGCUCACAACAUGCUCUGGCAUAUAACAUGGUUAACAGGAAGAGCAAUUGUUAGAAUAGUAUUUGUACUGAACAGUGUUGUAACAUGGCACUGGUUAUUGUAAUAGGGUCUGCAAUGAGUCAGGCCAGUGUAAUUUAUGUAUCUGUUGUUUUUUCCUCCAUUGUAGGAGUAUGACAAGUCAAGUCAAUCACAUCUCAAGUUCUAAGCAACUUGUGACCUGAUUGUUUGCAUCAUCUGCAGCGUUGCUCUGCACUCUCCAUUAACUACCAUGGCAAAAGUAAAUAACAGCCAUUAUUGCAGUUCAGUGUAUUGAGUACUACACUACUAGCAGCACAAAAAAAUAAAAUGUGGUAUUUAUGGUGGUUUUUGAUAGCAUUACACCACUUGACAUUUCCUAGAACUAUUCAAGUGGUGAUCAGUGAAGUUACAAGCUAGACUUGGGUCAAGAGUGAGUUUAUUUACAGCAGUCAAGACUUUAUUGUCUUCCAGCUAUGAAGUUCUGAUGUUGGCAAGCAGCAAUGUUUUGGAAGCGAAUGCAUGGACCAGGCCUUAGUAUUCAGUUUGUUAGCUACAUUUCAGUUACUAUCAGCUACUGUAUUUUGAGAACCAGACAACGUAUUACACACAGCGCUUGUUUUUCUGAGUCUGAGUAGAUCCUUCGUUUGUUUGGUACAGGGCUGUUAAGUAACAUCUCAGGUUUUUACUUGUAGUUUCUUAGUAUGCUGAGCCACCUCUUGCGUCCGUGGCUGUCAAGAUUGCAGAAUAUGCCAAAAUCUUAGGUGCUUUGCCUAUUAGCGUAGCUCUGAGAGAUGAAGCAUUCAACACCACAGGGACAUUCAAUGGAGAGAUGACAUUUGUUUGUUUUUUUUUGUUUGUUUGUUUGUUUGUUUGUUUGUUUUGUUUUUGUUGUUGUUGUUUUUUUUUUCCGGAUCAGACCUAGUUUCUCUUUAGUCGCAUGUGUGUAAUAAUCCCGUCCUUUCUUCCACCCUGCUGAAGCUUCUCAGAUGGGUUGAUAAGUCAAAGCACACCGAAGUUGGGGGCAAAUAUUUUCUUUAAUGUUAUGAAUGUUUUCAGUUUUAAUUAUACAUGUUUGUCAGUGUUACAUAAACGGAUGGAUAGUGGAAAAUGCCAAGAAUGACGGGGGGGGAUGGGGCACAAAGACGAGGUUGACAGCGACACUUUAGAAGUGGAUCUUUGACUAGCCGGGAUAGAGGCAAGACUGAGGCUAUACUGUAUGUUUUUUUGUUUGUUUGUUUGUUUGUUUUCUGUUGUUGUUUGUUGGGAGGGGGGUCUCAAAAGUUGCCGAAAUGUACAGUGACUAUUUGUACUGAUAUUGUAUUUCACGGCCUUUAAUGCACAAGUAUUCCCCCACCUGCUCUGUUGCGAGUAGGCGGCUACACUGUUACUGCGAUCUGUAGGACUGUCCUGCCUCAGUCUCCACACGCACCUGUCCCGCUCCUGCUCUGCUGACUGACUAGGACCUAGACCCAUAGGUAGCAUUUUAGAUCAACUGAGAAUAUUUAGCCUUACAAGACCUUCUUUAGUCUUAAUAUGUUGUUUACAGGAUGUUUAUUGACUGCAUGCAUAACAAUGUUAUACCCAUGUUCGGCCUUAUUUAUGUUACUGUCAUAUUUAUGUUUUUUAGUUUGAUUCAUUUGCAAUAUAUAGUCGUCUGAGGAUUGUCGAUGUAGUGGAGAGGAAGCUGUAGGAGGUGUCUGUAUAUAAAUGAACUGAGUUCAGUGUUGGGACUUUGACCAUGUGGUAUAUUUUCAUACAGCGAGGGAAACUUUUUUUUGUCUUUCCUGACCUGCAUUCAUUCUUUCAGACCAGUGGAAGAUUUACCUUUUAUAUAUUAAUGUUUUUAUUACCCUUUUGGAAGCUCAUCUGUAAAUAUUUUUUUGUUAAUAUUGAUUUUCAGAUGUUCUUUUUUGCAUGUCCAGGCAGUAUCAAUGGAGGAACAGUAACCGAAGAAGUAGUGCACAGAGGAUUUGUUGACUUGAAAUUGUGGUGGUUUCUUUCAAUAUGGAUCUUUUUACAGGAAUAAAGUAUGUAUAUUUUCACAGAAAAUA